UGCUAUGGCGGCACGAUGGGCAAUGGCUAUUUUCGAACGUCACAAACGCGCAAGGACAAGCGAAGAUCCAAAGAGCUCACGUACAACUACGUGGAUCGCGUUCGUUUGGCAGAGCAUUCGCUGCAGCAAGAUUAUAGAUGUCCGACGCGCGGCUCCGGCUGGCGGCACAAUAAUAAAUCCAUCUCGCACUUGGACUUGGCCACAAGCUGUCACAGCACAGCUUUCGGACCAAGUCAUUGGCCGCAUAAUCGUCAGUUGCGCCAUUCGCGUUCGUUAGACUACGCACAUCUAACGGAACGUUGCAAGGAUCCGCUGGAAAUCGCUGAAUUCUAUUGGCGUUUAGAUCCCGAAGGCGAUGCUUUAUAUGAGGAUGAGUAUGAAGACGAAGUGCCCGAUGAGGAGAACGAAUUAAUAACACGCUAUAACGGGGAGCAUUCGUAUCGCGAUUAUAAUUACGCUGAGGGAAAUUAUCACGGCGCACUUGCUAACAACGGUCAGCUUCUACAUCCACCGCACCUGCAUCAUUAUAGUGGUGGCAACGGCGGCGCUGGCAACAAAAGUUUAGUGAAAUCGCCAACAGCGGCGGCGGCGGCGGCAACAGCGUCGGCAACUUUACAAGCUUUCGAUUUCGGCAACGAGUCGUGCAGUUUGCGCCGAUCGCGCAGCUUAGCCGUGAUACGUGAAGAGACAUUUAGCGACUUGCAAAUUACAACCGCCAACAAUAGUCGGCGAUCGCAGUUGAUACCGCGAGCGCGCAUCGUCAAUCGGGACUUCAUACGUGAACGCGAGCGAUUAAUCUGCGGCGGCGGCGCCAACAAGCAUCAUCAUCACCACCAUCAUCACGGCGGCAAUACGAACGUAAGUGAGGAGCUCGAUUACGAGGGAAUAAGCGCCGUUGAGCAGAAGGUGCAGCGCAACAAUAGCAUCAACGCUGGCAGCAGAGACACUGGAGAGUUGCAACAGCGCGCACAUACACACCUGCACCGGCAUCACCAUCAUCACACGAGCGGUAGCGGCAGUUGCAGUGGUAGUGGCAGCGGCGGCGGUGUUGGCGGCAACAACAAUCACGACAACCUUCAAUACCAAAACAACAACGCACAGCAGCAACAACAAUCGCAAAUCGCAUUCCCACAAAGUCCAACAACAGUUGCGCAGCAGUCGGCGCAACCACAGUCACGUGAGGCGGACGAUUAUUAUGAUAAUCUGAAGCGCUUGGAUGCGCUGACAUUGGGACUUGUUGAACAAUUACACCCUUGGCACAAUGAGAAAAGCGAUUUGGAGAGUUUGAACUCUGAUUACUUUAAAAACUCGCUACAUCAGAGUCACGAACUACAGCAGCAGCUGGACUUUGAAGCGCUCGAAGAGGCGGUCUGCUUUUUGGCGAGUGAGAAACCACGCAUAUAUCAGUCGCGACGGCAGCAGCGCGCCUUGGGUGGCACACAGCAGAAACUACAAAACGCAAGCGAUUCCUAUCAGGAGAACAGUCAGAGUAGCGCAUUUCCUGAAACCACAACCAGCAACUCGGACGAUCAGACGGAUAGUCCGUCGCUGUCCGAGCAGGAGUACGACUUGAAGAAGAUUGAGAAGAUCUAUAAGAAAACCGCAGCACUCGAGGCUGAUGAGGAGAGUUAUGAGCUCAUAAGUCUCACGACCACGACACGCACACGUAUAGAGACUACUGAGGACGAAGAGGAAGAGCACGAGGACAGCAGUUUUAAUUGCAACGAACAGUCAGCUGACGCAAGUGAUUGCCCAGCGGCCGCUGCGGUUUGCGUUGACAAAACAAACGAGCACGAACCCAUUAAUGGCGUGUUAAAACGUACGCGCGCCUUAAGCGAAAAUCUCGAGAAACUCAUUGCAUACGACUCGGUUUAUCUGUCGUCCGAGGAGAGUUCUGAAAGUACAUUGAUUGACGAAAACCACUGUGGGGCAUACGAGCGCACAACGCAAGUGACGGCACAACUGGCAGAGGACACUGGUGAAACGGCGACAUUACUGCACUUCUCCAUCGAAGAUAUAAUCUACGAACCGCACAACAAACAACCGUUUAGUGGCAGUGAGCGUACUGAAUUCAAUAGCGAGCAGUCAACAGUUGGUGUUGCCUGCACGGCGACCGUAUUGACGGAGACGGAGACGGCGGAAAUUGCCACGCAAACAGCGCAGGAAAAGCAAUUAGUUAGUAUAGUGGAAACAGUAAAUACGAAAAUUGAAAAGAUACCACUUACAGCGAACUUAUUAGAAGAGGAGCAGCAGUGUGCUACGCGCGAGUCGACAACUUUGUACACACAGAUAUUGAAAGUGGGUCAUACAUCCGCAACAAAUCCUAGUGACACUACGUCAACGUCAACUACGACAGCUACAGCUACUGCGAAAGCUUCAGUGACGACCGCAACCAGCGCCACAGCAGCGACUACAGGUAUAUCUAAGUCUGCCAUAUGCGGCGCUCCGCUAACGACACAACCCACGGUGGGUAUUACAUCCAGUGCAGCCAGUAAACCGAAAAUCCUGUCAGUGGUCGAGAAACGUAAGUGGAAACGUUACAACGACACCACAACAACAACACAUACAGCAAACGCAGGCGUCAACAACGAAGCAGUAGUCCAGCCACGUGGCUGUGGUUUAGAGUCAAGCACCAGCUCAGCUUCACCACCAAUUGAUUACCCACUUACGUCACUGAAGAAGCAUCAGUCAACAAGCGUUGUCGACACACUCUUAUACUCAGCAUACGCCACACAGCUAAGUGAUAACCAAUAUCAUAGUCUGCCGGAUGUGACUAUAGGGCAGAGUCUAAAAGUGUCCGAGUCCAUAGAUGCGAAGCUGAGAUCUUCCUACAACGUACGCAAGGGUGAACUGGAUGAGUGCUGCAGGCGUGCAGAACUUACGCAUACAAGUAGCAACAACACAAGCGCCAACAGCAGCAGCGGAAAGACUACACACCUACUAGAAGACACCGCUAACAAGUGCAAAUUGAAGCAACAACGUGAGGAAGUUGUAACUAGUGAAGAAAUUUACGACUCAAUCAAGAGAUUCGGUCGUGCACAUCAGAAGGCGAGACAAAAGGAAUACCAAGAAUUCCACGAAGUCCAUGUUGAAAAGGAGAAGAAACGGGAGGUAAAGGAAAAGCGUCUCAAAGUGCAAGACACUGAAGCGACUAAGGCGGAAGUUGCGAUAGAAGUACAUACUACUACGACAUACCCAGACAGUUUAGCGGAAGAGAUUGAAGGCAAGCAGGGGGUGAGUGAAGACGCAACGGGAGCGCAAGAGAUUGCAGCGCCAGCAAACGAAGUGGUUGCGGAAAAUACCAGCGUUGAUACUAAUGUGGCAGAUGAAACUGAUAGCAAUAUAACAGUCAACAGUUCACUGGGUUCCAGCACAAGUGAGUAUCAGGAGCAACCGAAAGACGCGCCCGACGUAGAAGUUGAAAACUUUAGCAAACUUAUUGAGAGACGCGCGAAAGAAAUCAAAGCGAAAGCCGGCAAACUAAAAUUUGACGCGGGAGCAGUCAAACACACAAAUAACGCUGCGGAAAUAACGCAACACAAGGAGACGCAGCAGAGCGAAUUAUAUAAGCAACAAGCUGAUGAUUAUCACAUAAGCUCGGUGGCAAGUCAAUUCCGUAUAAUUGUGACGGAUGCACAAGACAACAUCAUCGAGGAGGACGCAAUAGAACAAGACGACAGCUUAAAUAGCGCGGAUCAGUUUGAAGCGCCCCCAAAUAAAACGGCAUACCAAGAGCUUAACCUCGUAGCGGAUGUAACAUCCAGCAGACAGGAGAAAAAGGAAAAAUCCACAAAAGAUAAAUCGACAAUUGUGAGCACGCACACGCGUGUAGCAUCGCUGAAGCGUGUGCCCUCGAAGCCGAAACGUCAGCAACAUCACACGGCACAGCACCAUCAUUGCUGUCAACAGCAACAUAACCGAGCCAAAAACAAUAACAGCAAUAGCAACAAUAAUAUUGCAAGCGAUUGGCAUAGUCAAAACAACGGCGACGUAACGAACGCACCGUGUAACGGCAACAAUAAAGGUAACGGCAGCGGUAGCGGUAGCAUUAACGACUGUCACAACAGCAACAAUUACUGCGAAUUAUCAAUAAAAUCUAAGGAGCAUCGUGUACUGAGCACACAGAUCUACAAAGCACGUCCCAUCAAGGUGCUCACAGCGAACGAUUCCUUCCGUCGACGUAGCACUGAGGGCGCCGUAACGGCCGCAGGCAGUAAAAUGUCACGACCACAAAUUUUGCACGUUGUAGACAACAAACGGCGCGCUGACAUACUUGGCACGGCCAAAAAUAUACGAAACCAUAAUAACAACAGCAACAAUUUCACUAAAGCCAAACGAGCGGAGGAAGGCAGCCAAGUGGAGAGUGAAUAUCUUAAAAAGGUCGACGCAGUGCGCAAUUACUGGGCGAAAUUGGCAAAAGAAGGUGAUGAACAGGCAACGGAAUCCACGACCUUAGACAAACAAGUAGCUGCCAAGGAGCGGCCAAAUGAGUUUGGAGACUGUCAGACGCUGAAAUAUGCAAACAAACAAGAAAAUGUUAAUGAGCUAACGAAAAUGAAGUUGGGCGCGGAGGCACAGCCGCAAAAACCACAACCCGAACCGCGACAUUUCAUUUUGGGGCCACAAGCAGAAGGGCAAACACAAUCACAGAGUCAAAGCACUUAUGUUCAUCAACAGCCAGCUAAGCCCCUUAAGCCUAGCGCCAAUCAAGAUGAAUUUUGCAGUUUUAUGCCUUCCAUUGAGAUCGUCGAACUGGACGGUGACAAGAAGGCCACCAUAGUUAGUGCCGUGCCGCCAGAUUCGGAGGAGGCCUACGCUUUAGCCAACGACGCCAAUGGUGAGCCACAGUUCGAUCACAUACGCUAUAAAGUGCUGAAAUCGCAACAACUAUUGCGUAGCAACAUGAUGCCACGCAGCAAGAAGGAGGCGCAAUUCGACGGACUCAUACAGUAUCUGCAGGAAUACAGUUUUCAAGAGCUGUUGGCGAACAAUAAUGUCGUGAUUGUGGAGCCAGUACGCACGAAAAUCGAACGCCCACUCGCCAUAGCACAAGCGGUGGCGGCCACAAAAAAACUGGCCCAGAAGCCAAGUGAAUGCAGUGGCAUUGCGGCAGUCACAAAUCAAGCGUUGGACGAUGGAAAUGACAGUACAGUGGAGCUGAAACCGAAAGAGUCGUUAUCUAACGGUGGUCUGAGCAAUACACCGAAACUCAAGGAAAAAAUAACUAGGGAGGUUGGCGAAACUGUUGAACGUGCUGGUGCUGGCGGUGGCAUUAAGCGUCAUUUCUUCUAUCAGCCGGUGCGUGUCAACCGUGAACUUUACGAAGAGGAAUUACCUAAUCCGGAUAUCGUGCGAAAUGUGCGCCGCUUCUUCGAGGAAAAUGUGCUGCCCACGCCACGCGGGGGUAUGCAGGUGCUGCAUAGGCCGCCGCCCGAUGAGGAUACAUUUGUGGAACGUAGUGCGGCAACUCAACUGCCGAGUCCGCGUGCGAGGCGUUCGCGCAAGUACCGUUAUCUCACCAUAGAUACAUCUUAUGGACACAUGCCACCUCAGCAUCAAAACCAUCAAUCGCCGCAGCAACAGCAACCACAAACUCAGGUCGCUAACAAGCGCGGCAUUUCUGCCACGCGCAAAUGGGAUACGGCUAGCUUGUCGAGCGGCAUCUCCAGCGGUGAUUUGUCGUCUCCUUGUGAAUGCAACGAAAUGGACGCAGCGUGCGUCGAGAAGCCAGAGGCCAUCAAUGAGGAGGUUUUAAAGGGCGUACACGUGCAAACGGUGGUGCAGCGACACAAUAACAAGAACAUGCGGCAUGCCGCAUCGGAACAUAUUGAUGCUACGGCUAGUGGCGAACAUAAUUGUAAUGGACUUUUGCAGUUAGGGCCGCGUCCACGGCCACGAAGUUGCGUCGUACGUGGCAAUGAAGACGCCACUUACCGUAUCAGCGAUAUUUAUGAGCAACAUGCCAGUCAGCAGCAACAACGAAAUUUCACAAGAGAUGAUAAAAACGGCCGACUUGCCAUGGAGACAGCCACUGACGAUGAGGAUGCCGAUGACGAAGACCUUGACGACGAGGUCUACGAAUCCCAUUAUAUAAGCAACGAUGUGCUCGAGAAGAUAAGGGAAUGUGGCUCCACAAUCACCUACUAUGGCGGACGUGUGUUGCAAAACACGUCACCGGAUCCAAUGCACACUGGCACCAACAACAACUAUAAUAACAAUAACAAUUCACAGGCAAAUACAGCGAAUACCGAUACAAUGACACUGACGAGACGUCGUGUGCGACAAAUUGAGAGUUGCAAUGCUUGUGAACCACCAAGGGACUGCGGCAACCAGCAGGCGGUUACACAAAAGUUUCCACAGCAAAGCGAUGAAAGCCAUGACAAGAACAAAAGCAACAUAAAGGGGGCAGCAGCUGGUGACGGAAGCAGAGAAAGUUCAUUGGCGCACUUUGGUAUCAAAUUCAAACUUGUCAAAUCGAACAGCUGCAGCAGCCGCCUGGAAUUGGCUGGCACCGGCAUCGAUAUCGUGGAAACGGGCGCCGAUGAGACCGAGGUCGUCAAAAAGAUGGUACAUCGGUUUGAGUGCGCGAAGACGAGGCGACAAUCGAAGGGUGCGGAUGAGCCGCUGACGAUUAACAAUCAAAUGCCUGCUAAAAGAUUGCUGGAUUGUGGCCAAUUGACCGCUGACGUAGUGAGCGAUGUAAAGCAAGUAACGGUAAAUAAUCAUAUAAAUGUGCCCAUGACUACAUACACUUUGGAAGCACCGACGGCGAGUGCCAGGCGCGAUAAUAUUGACUAUACACACGAGGAAGAUAGAAAGCUCGAAAUGGAGUACGCGUGUAGGGAAAAAACUUAUCAAAGCUCGGCAAUGGACAUACGUUUGAGCCACGUAGACCAACAACGAAAGCCUGCUGUUGGUGAUGUUGCCGAUAGUGGCGAUGGUAACGGCACUUUAAAGGUAUGGCGUAAUAGGAAUGUGGAUUUGGCUUUCACAAUGGCUCUGAAGCAGCAGCAACAGCCGUUAGCAGGGGAGACGCCCUCACAGCUAGCCAAACACUCGACCACAGCAACGUCCGCAACGGUGACAGGUACGAGGCGCAUCUUAGAAUCCAAUUCGCCAUUCAAAAGUCAAAAUGAUGAUAAACUUGGUGGCGGGCUUAACGGUAUUCCGACUGACGGCGCUGAUUGCCAAGAGAAAAUUAAUUUACGUAGCGAUGAAGACAAGCGGCAGCAGGCGUCGCAUGGUAAUGACAAUCCGACAAACGAGACUCUACGCACCUUGAGCACUCAAAUGGAAGCGCAAAGAAAUUUUAAUGCAACAACAACACCUAUACUCGCGCCGCGCUCCAACCAACGGCCAGCUCAAAUUGUAGUGCCCGUGGAAAUUCACUGCGCAGACCAACAAACACCAGAGCCACACGGGCGGGUGAGCGUGGCUAGUAGUCGCGGUAGCAGUGUAACAACCGUUAUAACAACAAACACAACGGCGCUAUUAGACAAAAGUGUGGUACGCCAUUAUGUAGCUAAUGACAAGAGUCUCUUCGAGAAGCGUAAAUACGAUGAUAUCGAAUUUGAGGAAUUCGAAGUUUACGAUCCGACAAAGGAUUUCGAAAAGUUAAUUGAAAAUGAAAAACGCCGCGAGGAGGCGAAACGAGAGGGUCAAACACAGCCCACGCAACAGCCGCAUCAUCAGCAGCAGGCGGAGCAACAGCCUGUCUUUGGCGACUUGUCUGCGGUAUCAUUAAAUGGCGCCAACGAAGCGACCACGCGCUACCACGAAGCAGAGGAGGAAGACGAAGAAGAUGAUGGGCGCAAAUCGAAACUUGGCAGCGAGUGCUAUGACUACGACAGCCUCGAGGAUAAGUUGUGAGGCACCACCUGCGGUUCUCCUAUUCAUCCUAUAAUAAGUAUAUUUAUGUUAUCCCUUUAGUGCUUAAGUGCUUUAAAUUCAUUUACAUUUUCCGAAAUGCGCAGCGCUAUCUUAGCGUAAUUGACUUGUCUGUCUAAUAGCGUGGAAUUUAUCGGUAAUGUAAAACGACAACGAUAACGGUGUAGGGAAAUUAUCUGUAAACUACGAGAAUUUCAUAUAAAUAUUAUAAAUAUUGUGCUAUCUUAUCGUAUUGUUAUUGCAAUUCAUGAAUCUAUACACAUAUUUCCUUAUUUAUUAAAAGCAAAUACCAAAAACAAAAAAGUUAGUGACUUGCACUGGAGAAAAUGAAAAUGUCCCUUGGCGAUUGCCUCGACAAAUGCCAAAAGUAGUCAUUCCAAAGUUUUAUGAACAUUUCGUAAUUAAGAUAAAAUUAUGUAUUACAUUGUGUAAUUAAAAUAAACUCGUAAAUAUAUUAAUAAAGUAAAUGCAUACAUAAACAACACAUA